AAGUCGAUUUUCUAGGAAAAAACCGCUAAUACUUCACCAUUGUGCUAAAUAUUUCAAAAUUGAUUGUAAUGAAUGCUGAGAAUUUGAUCUGAGAAUAUAUAUAUAAAAAAGAUGUCUAAUUUCCGAGGUCGCCGGGUCACGGAACCCACCCCUGUCAUAAGAGCACCGCCCAACACAGAUUUCUACCAUGAUACUAGCACGCUUUCUGUCCACACCAGGAGGCACCACCACCUCCCACGAUCUUAUUACGAUCGUAACAGGAGGUUGGAUUGUUUGGCACAAGCGUGGGACUCCAUGGGAAAAGCAAAGAGUGUUCUGCGUCGCGUUGAACACCGCCUUGAAGAUGCCCGCCGUCCAUCGCCCACCAGCUUUGAAGAGCGGGAGAAAGAAACCUGCAUCUCCAUGGAUGAAAAGUCCACCAAAGUGAAGAAUGAAAACUCGUUCAACAAGAGCCAUCCUCGCCACAAAGACAAGCAGAGUCUUCGGAAAAUCAGUCGCUUGGAUGAUAAAUUCAAAGAUGACUACAUCUACACCAGAUCCCGCAGUCCGCUCGCUUCACUCAACUACGAUCGUCACUUUGUCCGAAAUGAAUCUCGUACCCUUACUCCCACAAUGCACCUUAAUGACGAUCAUAACAGAUCCAUUACACCACCAAAACAUGUCAACUUCAUCGAGAAGCCAGAAUUUCAUGAAAUCGAAUCGAGGACACGAUCGUAUUUAGAUCAAAAUUCAAAUAUGUCCGGAAAACGAUACGGGCAUGGCUCCGGGUUUGAUAAGACUUACGAAACGGAGCCUUAUGGUGCUUACGCUGCUGAUGACUCCAUCGCCGACACCCCAGUGGGCGCAGCGCGUGAACCUGAGAUUAACUUUCUCAACGAUAAUUUGCAUUUAAAUACAAAUCGAGAUUUUGAUUUAGGAUUAGAGCCUGGGUCAAGGGGGCUCGAUCGUGAUGACUUUCCAAAGCUCGGGUCAUACAAUGCUGCCAGUUUGUUGCGCGGCUCAGAGCGCAGGACUAAGACACCGUCUCCGUAUAUGCUCGAGGGCGGUGCAUUUGAUCAUUAUGGAUGUGCGUACACGGGGAGUAUGGAUGACAUGGAUAUCGUCGCUCCGGGGCGGAGGAUAAAGAAGGGCAUUAAGGAUUUAGGCAAGGACUCAGAUGGGCUGGCUCGGAUCAAAGAACUCAUAGACGAACAGCGAAGGAAUAUGUCAUCACCUCAAGCAGAGCUAGAGAGUCACAAGGAGGAGGAGGAGGAGGCCGAGUUGUUGGCCAAGGUGCGUCACCAGGAGUCUGACGCCGUGAUGCUGAAUUCGUAUGAUGCCUGGGAGCAGCCAGCGGGGCAGCCACUGUCGAGGAAAAUCGCAGCGGGGCCUCCAGCGCCGUCCUACAAAGGGUUCAAUGAAGUUGAGACGAAGAUUCGCACACCUGAGGGACGCGUUGUGAAGGUGCCAUCACAUCGCCGAAAGACAAAGAAAGUUGACCGAGCCAAAGAGAAGCCCAAAACAAAAGCUACUGAAAAGGAGCCCCCUUUGCCCCAAAUAGCCCAAGCCAUGUCCCCCCUCGAUGACACCCCCAUCAAGGAAAAUCAACCCAAAAAAUCUGCCCGGGUGCUAGCUACAAAGAAACCGUCAAAAUUCGAACGAAAAGAUAUCAUCACUACAAAGUCAUGGCGUGAGGGGCAAAAACUAAUUCGCCGGGAACUUGGACCACUGCCAAAACCCUCUGUUGGGAAGAAGAAGGAUAAUAAGUCAAUGGAUGAUUCACAAGAGUUUGAAGAGCCAGUAGCGAAACCGUGGGAUCGCGAUGAUAAUGAUGAUGAUAAUGACAAACAUGGUGCUGAUGAAAUACCCAAACAACCCGAGCCCAGGCCGAUACUUUCAGAGCCAGGGCCGAUACUUUCAGAGGAGGCGAAGGAUGUACUGCAUGACCUUGGUCUAGGUUCUGAUUCUGAACAUUCUGACGACCCUCAUGACCAUGAUGGUGCUGAUAAGUCAAGGAGGAAACACACAAUGAAGAGGAAGGCACCAACAUCAGAAGUGCCAUCUAAGAAAGAACCAAUUGCAAAAGUACGCCACUACGACUCAGACGAGGUGCGACGCUACAUCCAGAAACAACAAAACGAGCGUAAGAAACGACAAGAGGAAGAAAAGCGAGCCCAGAAAGAGGCUGAGGAAAAUCGUCAGAAGCAACUGCAGGAUUUGUACAAGCGAGCCCGAUCAAAAACAACUAAAACGAAACCAAGAAACCGUCCUGGGAAUGAGACACGACUUGAUGAGACCUUCUCUAAGGGUCCAGCCCCUGAGCUUUCAAAACGCCAUCCAUUUCAUGAAGAUCGUCCGUCCAUGGGGGUAAGUGGUUCAGAUAAAGAGAACUUCGACUCAAAGAAGGUUGAAGCUGGUCAGCUGUGGAACAAAGAUGAAGAAGAUGACAGUGACACACUGACGGAGGAGAGUGAUGGCGAGUUGACUCCCCGUGCUUCAGCUGGGAAAGAAGGUCUUAAACCAGCUAUUCCUGAAUCUGAGCCUAUGCAGCUUGAAGACCUCAUGGAUCGGUUCACCUCGUCCCAAGCUGCUGCUGCUGCCCCUGAACAACCUGCUGCUGAUGCUGCUAAACCUCGUGAUACUCAACAAAAUACUCAAGAAAUCCCAUCAAACGACCUACCAACGUCUGCACCUGCCGUGACAACGAGCGCCCCCACCAGUACAGUCAACCAGAGACCCUUGACUGCUUUUGAUUCUACUACUGCCCUGCCUGCCAGCUAUUCUACAAGACCUUACUCCGCCCUGUAUCCAGAAAUUGGUCAGAACCGAACGAGAGCAGACCGCCUCCAAGCCCUGCAUAACACUGCAGCCUCACUUCAGAAUCGUCUAGAUUCCGAGACCCACCGUCUCACAGCUGAUGCAAACAUCCUUCCACGUCGAAGCCCUUUAGAUCCGACGUUUGGUCCGUCCAGAGACGCUUGGGGUUAUUCCCAGCCAGACGAUAGUGUGCCAUUUGUGAGCCGCCAUGACAAGAUAGCUGGGACUCAUGAUGACUACUCAGUGUUCAAUAGAGAUUUACCUGGUGUUGGAAACUUGGCCAAUAGAGCGCAGGUGAUUGAGGGCGACCGUGAGCGUAACGAUGCGGCCACCGCCAUCCAGGCUGCUUAUCGUGGCCACACUGUCAGACAGAGUAUGGACUGGAAGAUGCCAUCGGGGAGCCCAAUGAGGUCCAGUCUCCGCAAGGAUGUGCACUUGGAGCCAAGGGCCUUGACGUCAAGUAUGGAUCGCUACAAUGACAGUGAUGUGACCGAAUCUUUGGAUGAGUCAGAUUCUGACUACAUUAACCGACGGAUCGGUGCUGCCCUCUUCAGUAAAGACUACUGUGCAUCAAACACGGAAAUCAAACGAUCUCCGGUCGAGUUUACCCAGGUGCCGUCCCACCGCCAUCUGAGGUCAAGUAAACCACGCUACAUGUGGGAGGAGAAGAGGGCGGAUCCUUUUAGUAUUUAUAACAUACAUACGAGGAGACUGCAGCAGCAGAACGAACAAGGAAAUCCACGUAGUUCACCACAGGAGUUCUAUACAAGAGAGACUGUGGCCCCACGACUAACCGCUCCUGAGAAUUACAAGUACAGCAGUUUGCCAGGCCAAGAACAACCCUCCAGUUCCACCUUGACCUCAAUCAGUCCACAUGGCAUCGAUGGUGAUACCCCUCGAAACCCAGACGUACCAAAUCUACCUCUGGACAAAAAGGAUGAUGGUUCUUUGUCCCAACCCCGUACCCAGAGCUUUCAGCAGAGGUCUCAUUCAGCUGCGUAUGAGGAUGAUUUCACCGGUGACGAGAGCACGUUAUCCAUAUCCGAGAACACGAUAUCAGGAACAUCACCAGUCAGCCAGACAAAGGAGAAGACGAAAUCACUGACGAAAUCAACUCACUCAAAGAAACCAGAUUCACUCGAUUCGGAGCUUUCAAGUCUUGUUGAUGAUCAUGCAAAACCCAUACCUGCUCCAAGAAGGUCUGAGCAACCCAGACCAGAAAGAGACACCCAGUUUCGUCCGAUAAAUCGGGAAAUGCCUCGGGAAUAUCAUAUGCAGCGUGAUAACAUUCGACCUAUCCAGCAAGGCCGUCUCUCGCCGGGAUCUUUGGAACGAAAGCUUGCAGCGGAGUUGAAUCUGUUGGAGGGGAUGGAGGAAUCAGUGCGGCAGCUGACAGAUGUCGAGAGGACGAGAGCUGUGUCAUUGGCACAACAAGAGACAGUCACAUUGGCUCAGAUUCUAAAGGGCAGGCAACAGACACAUGAUCAAGAAAUGGCAGCACUGCAGCAAAAGGCCCGCCAAGAAUCCCUGGAGGCGACCCAACAGCUGAACCAGGCACGGCAAAACACUGUCAGUGCUGAGGAUCGAGCAAAUAGGACCGUCACGCAAGUACGACAAGAGGCGACAACGACAUUGCAAGAUUCUACGGCCAAGUUGCUUGAAACUCAGGCGGCCGCAGCCAUGACUACAGCUGAGGCUGCCAGACAACUUGCUGAGGCCAAGAAUGUAAUUCUUAACCACCCAGCUGCUGUACCAACUGAGCAGACUCUAAAAAUGGCCACAGAUGUCGCUAGUGCUGCUGCAACCGCUGCUGUGCAAGCCACGCUAGCAAAACAUGAAAAGCCACCUCUUCCUCGCUCCACAAAGCGUGCUCCAUCUAAGGACGUUUCGGAGGUCAUUUCGAGUGCUGCAUCUUCAGACUUGAGCCGUUCGCUUGCUGCGCCUUACAGCACUGAGAGCUUUGAGAGCGAAUCAACUGAUUCCAAGUCGACACUUGGGAGGAGGCGCCCUAGGACACCAGAGCCUGCAUCAGAUAGUGUUCACACUGCCCUUGAUGACUCUGGUGAGAGGACCCCCAAGGCAGACGACAGCACAAUCAAAACAGACCCAGGAGCAGACGCUGACAAGACUGAGAGCAUCAGUGAAGACUUGGCUAGCGAAAAAGACUACUCCUUCAGUUUCGACGAGACGAUGACAGAAGAUGAGAUUGAAGAGCAUUCAUUUCGUGCAGUGCUGCCAUCUGAAGGUCAUCGUCGACGCGCCAAGAAAGACUGCAAGGGUGAUGUUAAAGUGAAGGAGGCUGACCCCAUAUCGGUGUCAUCUGAUGAUGUCACUUUGACCAACACAAACUUGAACAUCGACAAUGUCACCGGCCCUUUCACCCAUGAAGAAUCCUUCAAGAAAUUCACCGCUGCGAUGGUACGACAGUACAUGAAAGAGGAAGAGAUCCGCUCACAACAUCAGGCGGCACUCCUGAAACUCCGUGAGAAGGCGCUGAAGGAAAAGACCAAGGCGGAGCUUGAUUGGUUGGAACAGCAGAAGAAACACCACCGGGAGAAGGGAGCAGACGACAUCUACCCUCAGAUUAAGAAGAAGCAACGUGGCCUCAUGUUGAAGCUGCAACAAGAACAAGCAGAGAUCAAACGUUUGAGAGAAGCGAGUCGAGUGGCAAGUAAAGAGCGCCAGUUGAUGUUAUACCAGCAACAGGAGAUUCAGCGCCUACGCCAAUCAGCUGCACAGGUCCGUGAUAAGCUGAAGAAGGAUAAUGGGCCCGUUGACGACUUUAGUUUGAGCGUCAGUGAGGUGAACACCGAGGAUGAGAUAAGCAUUGGUUUUGAUGACCACAGUGAGAUGAGGAGUCCAAGUCCUAAAUCCAAGGAUUAUAAAUCAGACUCCGAGGUGAAUAGCCAACAGGAGAGGUCACGGUCAAGGUCACCGGAUGCCAAGGUCAUGCGUAACAUCAAGAAAAUGAAGGCAGAUCCAAAGUACCUGACAGCUCGUGAGAAGAAGUUGGCCCAGAGGCGACGCCAGGCCGAGGAAUUACUGAAAUGGAAGAAGCGCUUGGAUAAGGAGGAGAAGGCUGUGUACAAUCUUGAGGUGGAGGCCAUCAAUGUCUGGGAUAAGACGGGCAAGGCCAAGGGCAAGACACCAGAGAAGGAGGCCAAGAAAGAAACAAAAGAUGUUGCAAAAGCUCCAGAGUCUGCAGCCUCCGAAACUCUCAUCUCCGCUUCUGACGCCUCAAAAUCGAUGUCAUUCACCGGUAAACCACUCCCGGCCAAAAAAUCAAAACCUGCUGAGCGAACGGAGAGCGAGAGUUCGAUUGUUGAAGAUAUCUCCGGCCAUUGGCAGGCAAGUGCGAGCUUGGUUCCUGAGGUUUUGAGCGUCCAAUCAAAAUCAGUGAAGUUUGAGGAGAAGCCCAUCCAAAGUGGUAGCGAGAGUUCUGUCUUCGAGGAUGUGCACACCGCUUCUCAGUCGAGCAGUAUUGGUGAAGAUUUGCCAACGGUGACAAAGUCUUCAAAACCAAGAACGCAAGACUCUGGUGAUGACACACUCAUCACAAGUAACCAUUCUGUACGUGAAGAAUACUCCAAUGAUACGUUUGUGUCCGGCGAUACCACGACAGUUCCUGGCGCAAAGCCGCCGCUCAAGUCACCAGUCCAGGCUCGGGUGUCACGCAGCCUCUUCCCCUCCGAUAAGAGCCUCACUCCCAGGAGCCCACGAUCGCCGAAGAGCGCUUUCCAUCCCAAGAAGAAGGGGUCAGAAAGCGAAUCUGAGGACUCCUUCUCUUAUACGCAGUCAGAAACGGCCUCCAUUUCUGAUGCAAGUGACAUAGAAGGCCGGAUCAGGGCAUUGAAUGAAGAUCUGAAGCGGCGGAAGUCAGAGGCUGACCGGCUUAAGAAGGAACAGAAGAAGCGCCACAAGGAUCGUCUCAAGGCACAGGAGGCAUCGCUCAAGAAGCAGAUUGAGGCCUAUGAUAACUUCAUCAGCCAGGUCAAGACCGACCUUCAGAAAGAACUCGAAUUGGAACCCACCAAGGUCGCCGUCAAACCUCAGAUCAAACACCCCAACGCUGACCAAAAACGCAAACGAACUACCCCAGUGACGACCAAGUCCAUGCCGCCAGAGGGAUUCCAGCGUAGCGACUCGGAAAGCAGCUCUAAUCGAUCCAGCAUUGAUGAGAGCCGAGGAGGAAUCAGUGAAAGCUAUACUCCCUUUAGUCCAUCGCUGUCUAUCACUGCACCUGAUGAUUCACUUCGUAAGUCAUCCCCAUCGCCAAGACGUCCUGGGGCACUUCCACCCAUCGGCCGCAAACCAAAGUCUGAUUCUGACAAUGAGCGUACACCAUCAAGGAGCAGCGCUUUGAACGGGGACUCACAACGUACCCCGCCAACAUUACGUGAGGUCAAGGACAGAUCGGAGAUAUCAACAAAAAGGGAUGUCAGUCAAUCGGAGCUUGUUGAUGAAAUACCGGAAGAUGUCAGCCUCAGUCAGAAAUCUGAAAAAUCUGAUGGAUCUGAGUUCAGGCCAUUAAAAUUAGACGAUCUUGCUUCGACAAAAUCGGAAAUAUCAGAACAUGUGCCAUCACGAAGAGCAGAUACCGAGUCGUCGUAUUCUGCGACGGCGGAAAAAUCUGAUAAGGGGGAGUCCAGCGUGUCAGAAAUGCUUCCCACGAAAACGGAUAAAACGGCUAAUGCAGUUACAGAUGCUUCAGAGGGCCGGAAAGAAAAAACUGGAAGUGUGAUGGAGAGUGAGAAGAAAGAUGAGGAGUCCAUCAUAUCUGAGGCGAUACCCACUGCGGUUGAUGACUCCUUGCCUCCAUCCACUUAUAAGAGUGAACUGAAAUUAGAUCUGAAACUAGACACUAAACCGGUUGUGGAGUUCCGGGCUCCGGAUAGUGCGAGAACGAUCGGCGAUGUCGUUACAGAUAUUCCAGAUGAAUUUUCACAACAUUCCAUUGGUGCCGAUCUGAAACUGAAAGAAGACGAAGAUAAAACUGAUCAAAUUCUUACAGCACGGUCGCACAGGUCGGAAUCAGAUCUGUGGGACUACGUAGAAACUCACCCCGAAGAUGAGCCUCCAAAGGGCCAAUCACAAACAAGUCAAAAGAACGAAAAAAUAGAGAACGAUAUCUCAUCGGUGCAGAGCGAUAAGUCUUCCAAAAGCUAUGUGUCAACAAACUCAUAUCACACUCGCACUUAUAGUGACGAUUUUUCCGAUGAUUUUUCUGAUGUGUCUGCUGACCGCCGGUCAGAAACAUCGGUCAGGGAUAGCCGGAAGGAGGCUGCGCUGUCUGAUGAUGACAUCAGCGAACAUUUGUCCUAUCGGAGCGAGUUCAGUGAGCGAUCGGCUUCAGAGCCAAAAGCAUUAGAUUUGUCCGACGGCUCACUUAAACUGAACCUUAAGGAUGUUGAAGGUGAUGAUGACAGGACCCCCAUUCAGUCUCCUGCACCAAGAAGUAUUACAUCUCCAUUUGAGUCUCUUGUGACAAGCACUCCAACACCGGAAGAGGACCCCUUAGCACAUAUCAACAUCGGCGACUCAGUCAUCGUUGCUGGCAUCGAACGUGGCACGUUGAAAUUCAAGGGUCUGACAAUGUUUGCUCCGGGGCACUGGGCUGGGGUUGAACUAGAAAUAGCAGAAGGCACCAAUGACGGCAGCAAGGAUGGCGUACGCUACUUUGACUGUAAACCAAAACACGGAUUAUUUGCACCACCUGACAAAGUAACUUAUGAACCCGAGGUUCAGAAGGAGCAAGAAGACGCCCCAAGUGAUACAUCAGAUCACACCUUGACUGAAGAACCCAUUGACAUUCCAUCUGUAUCAGAAAAAUCGGAAAAAAUUACCGAGGAAGGAAAACCGUUAUUUUCGCCAAGAUCAGUCCUAGAUGACUCCACGACUGACAUAUCGAUCUCUAGUGAUUUGGAGCGUGCCAUUACAUCUGCCCAGGCUGCAGUUGAAGGAUUUGGCGAUGGGCAGAAGGUGCCAGAGAAAGUGGUUGAAACGGAAGGGAGGAAGCCAAAGAAAGAUAUGAAUAAGAUUGUUGACAGUAUUACGGAUAAUUUGACGGAGAUGGUGGUGAAGGAUUCCGUGUUGGUUAUGGGCGAUAUCGUGGCCAAGUCUCCAAGUAAAAUGUUGGAUGAGAAGCCGGGAGAGGAACCCAAGGUAGCUGCUCCUGCUGCUGAGAAGAAAUCUCAUGAGGUUACACCGGCUGAGAACAAAGAAGAAGUGCCCGAGAACAACGUCAACAAUGCCGCAGACACCGCUACGAGAAAUAUGCUCAAUGAUGCUAUCAGUCACAUGCUCACAGUUCGACAGAAUCAAAUCUCGCGGUCGUCUGAAUCAUCCCAAGACGACGACGGAACUGAUUCAGGUAUUCCGUUCGAUGAGUAUAAAGAUGACCGGAAAUCCACCCCGGCAAAUUCCCAGACGUCCAUCGACACACCAGAAUCAGCUUUCGACAAUAAGUUGACCCCUGAGGAUAAGAUUACUCCAGAGAAGAAAGAUCUGCUGAUACCAAAGGAGGAUGCUCUCAUUCCCCCAGUUAGACCAGUGUCACCUGUGUUCGGAGAGCCAGCGGCCAAGUCUGUCAACCAACUCAAUCAUGAUGAAGUGAAUGCACGCCUUGAAGCCCUGAAUCGCAUGGACAGAGAGCUAAUGGACGGACACCUCCUUGGCUUGGGUGAUCAAGAAUGGUUCGAUGAUGACUACGGUCUGAGCGCCCAGGCUCAGAUUCCUGACCACCCACCACCACCAUACCCUGGCUCACCCCCACAACACCCACAAGGCGUGCGACAUGACAUCAGCAAACUUGAACUGCAGCGUUUGACGGAAGAAGUGUUCUACGCCGUUCCUCACAAAGAUGCUGAAGUCAAGGGCAUCAUAUCUGAAGUGGUGGAUGUUUUCUGGGAGCGGCGUCGAUACGGCGAGCCUCUGGAUGACGUUGAACCACCAAUGGAGUUCCUCACAAAAGACGACAAGGGACAGGAUAUUGAAACAAACAGUCGGCGAGUGUAUAAGAAAUUGAUUUUCGACCUUGUUGCCGAACAUAUCCGUGAAAUGUACAAGGACGAGGAAGAGGUUGAGCCCCCACCGUGGGCAAAAUCCAAACGUCUGACGAAUAAACUAUAUCGGGGGGUCAGCCCACCAACGACGUCAGAAAGUUUGAAGGAUCUAUUGUCGGAUCGUAUGAUGAUCAUGCUCGGUUUGAAAGAAAACCAGAAAGAAUCAAAAGUGACUCGCUGGAGUGGACGGAAGAAGAAGGAUCACGUCGACGAGAUUUUAGUUCAGGAAUUACGUGAGGAGGAACCGCAGUGGGUUAAUUACGACGAUGAUGAACUCGCCGUGAAAAUGCAGUUGACGGAUGCGAUUUUUGAUUUGUUACUCAAUGAAACUGUGACUGUGUUCAGCCAAAUCCAGACAAAGUUAGACGCCAGGGUUGAGUGAAAUUGAUACAUUCCUUAUGUGGGAUUUGAUACAUUCCAUAUAUGGGAGUUGUUUAUACUUCAUGCUAGAAUCUCAAGAAUGCGUUUCAGUGUUUCAAAAAUUGAUUUAGAUUUUGAGUUAGAGGAAAGUAGAUAUUUUUUUGAAACCAAGUGUGUAGUAGGGUUGCACAGAGGGUGGUUGUUUUGAAGGCGUAGGUUGAGUUGUAAAAAAACAUAGUGUUUCUAAAAUGGGCAUUCUUCGAAACAAGAUAGUAUGGUAUGUUCCAUUGGCAGCUUACCAAACUGUCAACCCCUGUUUUGAAGAGUGCGGCAGAUCUGUACAGAAGUGUGCGAGACUGACCAGAAUUGAGCAAGACUGUUGAUCGGCGGCGUAGAUUCUGACGUGUGACCAGUUUGUUAUGUAUUUAGUGUGUAGAGAGUUUGUAAAGACCCGAUUACCUUUUUCAUGGAAAACUCAGGUUUUCGUUUUUUAUGGCAUUCAGACCAAUCUGGCUGUCAUUGUUGGAUUCCGAAAAAUUCUUCAGUUGCAUUCUAUUUGACAUAAAUCAUUGACAUACCGGUAUUUGUUAAUAUCUGUAGCAUUGCGAGCAAAAUCUGAAAAGGAUGUUUGAAAUAAUUCACUUGUUAAAAUAAUUCUCAAUCUUUUAUCUUUCCUGUUCAGAAUGUGUUAUUUUGAUCUUAUGUACAAGAAUAUACAAAAUUGGCACCACACAUUUGACAUUUCUCUCCAUUCUGACAGCCAGUUUGUGACGAACCUGCCAUCUAUUGUAUGUGUUGAACACUGUUGAGCAGUGGGAUUAUUAUAUCAUAAGUUAUAAGUCUAAAUGUGUUUUUCUCAUCUCAAGGUAAAUGCCUUACCAAGUUAUGCUGACUUUUACCAAGUUGAGUUGGCCUUGUGACCAAAUGGUCUUGUAACACUACCUCUAGUAUUUCUAAACUAAAUAAAUGUACAUCUAACUUCAGAGAUUUUCAGUUUCCUAUUUCUAAACUAAAUAAAUGUACAUCUAACUUCAGAGAUUUUCAGUUUCCUACAAAUAAGAUCACCAGACUUGGGGGUACUCUGCGACCCCCUUCCCCCUCUAGCUAUGGCCCUGGUUCAGUCGAUAAUACAAUAGAACUAUCUGCAAGUAAGGCACUUUCCUUGGGUGAGGCAGACCGUGAUUGUGGUGUACAUAUUGAAGCAUACAAACAUGCACAACAACGGUAUUUAAUUGCGUACAGCUGCUCAAAGAUUUGCGGUGCCUUGUAAUUCACAGAUGCACCUUCACUAUGGAAAAGUGUAAAUGUUUUAUCAUUGUAUUGGUAUUGGUAGAACCCCAUUUGGAGUUAUUUGGGGGAAUUCGACAAUAUCAUUGUGUCGGUGUUGGUAGAACCCUGUUUCGAGUCAUUUAGGAUAACUUUUCAAAAGAUUCCUGCCAUGAAAUCCAAGACCAUCUUGUGUUAGGUAAGCAUGGUGUUGCUUUGAAAAGUUAAUCAAAGAAUUUGGGGAAACUGCUUCUAGGAGUAUAAAUGUCUGUGAAAAGGAUUGAAAUUUCUAAGUUCAUACGAACAAACCCGUGAACCCAUUUAUAUAUAGAAGAAUUUGUUGCCGAUCUCCACCCCAAAUAAUCCAGGCACCACUGACAUGUCUUAGAUCAGGCGGUCAGAUUUGCUAAAUUCAUUUGUCCAGCAACGUAACCCUCCAAAGCUAUGUGGCAUUGAUAACUAUUUGGAAGACAUCAUGUUUGUAUAUCAGUAGCACUUUGGCGUAGGUAUGUCUACAAUUUUGAUAGUAUGGUGCUCGCUCGUGUUGGCCUUGUUUCAAGUUGGCUAAAAAAAUCAAUGUCCAAUGUCCUGUGGAAAACCUACAACUAAAACAACUUAGGAUUAAACGGAAUUCGUUUAAGUUUGCGUUUAAAGUGUAAAGUUGUGCGUUUUCAGACAAUAGUCCGGAUGAUUUUUGGCAAACUUGAGACCGAUCUAACUUUAAAAUAAUACCUAACAAUAGUUUAUUAUACUAGAUGAUCUCGUAUAUUUACAUGUAAUACACCUUGGAUUCCUUUGGUUUAUCUUUUACAAUGAUUCAGUUGUUCCCUGAAGGGUUGAGGGGCUGCACAGCAUUUUUGAAAUCAUACAAAAUGUAUGUCUACAACACAGCGAACAAAUAGUGAUAGCAGUAAGAUAGCCAGCAGGUUGCCAUGCCAUGAAGCCAUUACUUUAGUUUAGAGUAGCGAUACUGAUAGCGAUUCUGGUUGUUGGGUCAAGCAGUCAAGCUCCAAGUCUCAAGUUGUACAGUUAACUAUAUUUCAUUCUAGCCUAAUAUGUUCUAAACACUGUUAUCAGCAGUGUAUGACCGCUGCUGUUAUGUACAUUUUGUUGAUUUCUCUCUAACAAUUGCUUGCAUGGCUUAGGUGUAUUUUGCACUCUCUAGAAGUGUGUUUUUAUGGUUAUGGAUUUUCUGAGGGUUAAAGUUGAAAAAAGGUAUGAAAAUGGUUCUAAGGAGGGCCCCAGAAAUAGUAGUUAGUUUUCCGAAAGAGAUAACUUUAAAUGGCAUGAAUGCUUCUGUAUCACUGAACAGUUGAAGUUUCACAAAAAGUAACAUUUUUGGUAAUACUGUGAAGAAGAUGAUUUCUGUUCUCGCGCAAUUGGACAUGUACUUAAAAGACUUGUUUACAGAAAGAUAUAUCGCUUAUGUUAUUGUUUUCCUUGUUGUAAAAUUGAAGUUUGGGUUCUGAGAAAUUCACGUUUUCCUAUUCAAAUUUUACGCAUCAGUUAUUCUUGCAACCUACAUUGGGCUAGAAUGAUGUCAUCUCGUCUGCUUUUGCCUGGUACAUUUGUAUCAUACCUGACUUGGUUUAUCUCCGUAGACAUUGGUAAAAUCACUGGCAUCUUGCUUUGCUAGACACUUGUACAUAUGAAUAAGGAUGUAGUUUUGCUAACUUAGCGAAUUAAUUUAUGUAGCGUGUGUGCUUGGCGUUUAACUAAUUUAAAAUUCUAAUGAUUAUGGUAAUGUUAUGUUAAAAUAUUCGUAUUCGUAGGAGCAUUUAGAGACUUGGAGAUGUUUUGGCUGGUUGCGACUGGUAGAUCGGACUAGCUUCCCGUAGGACUAUAAAGCUAGAUAGUGCUAGCAGCGACAUGAAUAUGAAAUUAGUUAGAACAAUCUUUUUCUUGCAUGUACAAUUUUUGAGGUGAUAUUUUUGUAAACUUGGAUGCUUCUGGGGCAUGAUGUAUCUUCAUCUUCAUCUUCAUCCUUAUAAUGAUCGGGUUCCUUUCGGGACGUAAUUGAUCGUAUCAACAUUCAUAUAUUGUUCAUUUCUUAGCUUCGAGUUGAAAUUGAAAUAGUAUCAUGUCAGAGUAGCCCAGAAUUGUGUCUGAUGGGUGCAUAGUCAUGAAUCAUUUUAAAACGACCAUUUAGAGCCAGUUAGGGUUGUUGUCAAAAUCGAUUUUAUAAAUCUAAAUUAAUUUUGUGCAGGACUUUGAUAUAUUGAGAGGCUUAUCAAAUGCUUGAGAGAAGAUCCUGUGGUAUUGGGUUUGGUCUGAAUUGACAUUUUGGGUGGAAAUUCUUUGGGUGAGGGUUUAGGGCUGUGCUGCUUGCUUUGAAUCGGAUAUGGCAACAGUCCCAACAGGCCUGAGCUUUCAUGCGACAUAUCAGGGACCAUGAGUAGGUAUCAUGAUCAUCUUUUCAUUCAAGUUUCAUGGGGAUUUUGAAGGUGUUGGCUGUUUUACUUAGUAUUCUAUUGUAUUUCCAUUCUCUUUGGCCUGAACUUUGCAAUGAAAGAUUGUACAUCCUGUAUGGAUAUAAAACCAUCCACAUAAAAGUGGUUACAGUCUUUGUGGAUGAAAUGUCCUCAGUGUUGUGUCUGGGUAACAUGUAUUUUUACCACCUAUGCAAGUGUCCCUGCCUUUAUCUGCUGCAUUUGUUUUCUGUGUGCUCGAUAUUCGUCCAAAAGGAGCUGUGUUGAUGCACCCCGAUCAGUUUUAUUUCAUGAUUUAGAAAUGGACAGUUCUGCUUCAGCUGUAAGUAUUUACUGUCUUGCCAUUUCAAGGAUUUGGGAGAUAUUUUGAGGAAAUAUUCUGCAAAUCAGCAAAUUCACAGAUGGUUAUCUAAAAAUAAACGUUAUUGAAGACAAGCAACUUGUUUUCUUUCAAUUUUAUCUGAAUUAUUCUAAAAAAAUAUUCUCACUUCUUGAAUAAUUUUGCCAAAUUUGAAAAUAGUCCAACUCAAUUUUCAUUAAUCAUCAUCUUAUGGUAGUUAAACAUUCAUCUGUAGUAGAACAUAGUUUUGUGUAAAUCAUCUACAGCGCUGUUCACACCUCAUCAGUUCUAGUUUGGUAGAACAGCGCCAUUAUCAGAUCAGUUGUUUUGCACUACUUUAUUGUUCUGAUGAAUUUUAUGGUGACCUUGGGGUUGACCUUGUAUAUAAUAAUGUAUCAAAUGCUAUGAACUACUGAGAGGAAUAAAUUUAGUAAGUUUGUAAAAAAGAAA